AUGGAGAAUCUCUGUAACUUGUCAAUGGAGAGUGUGGUGCGAGUGGGUCCCGUGCCAGUUGAUUCCAAUCUCUGCAUAAAAUCAACCCUUCUCGUGCUUUCGAGCAUAGGUAAAGACUUUAAGAGUGAAACACUUGAACUCAUCCAACCAGCAGGACACUAUGUUCGUACAGAAACAGGGUGCAAGCAUGUGAGGUUUAUAUGGGAAGAAGAUGGCCCACAAAAAUCAAUGUCAUUUAUUAAAUUAGAAGAGCUCUUAGUGUGA